CAUUGAGGGAGUUAAAGAGUCGGCGCCUGCGGUGGGCCCUGCGGGGUGCUAGAACUUCCACGUUACCCACGAAUGUCGGUCCGUCCUCCGUGGCCCCAGGCCUGGACUCCGGUCUCGAGUUGGACCGCUCUGGUUUCCUGGCUGCAGACGUGCCUGUGCGCUCGCCUAGGUGUGAAGGGGAGCAGAGAGGGGGACGCCUGGAAGCUGAAUGGUCGCUGGAAGUGACGUCUCUGCUGGUACGGAGGGAGCCCGCUCAACUUUGGUCUUCCAAAAUUUGCUUCCUGGGCUAUGGGAGAUGUCAGCGAAUUAAAAAUGCAAAUAACACCAGCAACUCCAGGAAGGAUCCCUGUUUUAAAUCCCUUUGAAAGCCCCAGUGAUUAUUCUAAUCUCCAUGAACAAACCCUUGCUAGUCCUUCUGUCUUUAAGUCCACAAAACUACCAACUCCAGGGGAAUUUAGGUGGUCUAUUGAUCAGCUGGCUGUAAUAAAUCCUGUAGAAAUAGACCCAGAGGAGAUUCAUCGUCAGGCUUCCUACUUAAGUCUUUCUCGAAUAGAUAAAGAUGUGGAAGACAAAAGACAAAAGGCCAUUGAAGAGUUUUUUACUAAAGAUGUCAUUGUGCCCUCGCCCUGGACCGAUCAUGAUGGAAAACAGCCUUCCGAGCUUCAUCCCAGUAAAUGCUUAACUAGCAAUAGUGACUCUCCUGUUGGGAAAAAGCCGAGUCUUCCUUCUCAGAAAUGCAAUGCUGCCUGCCAGACUCUGCUCUCUCUUCCUGUGGAUUUUAAUUUGGAAGCCGUAUUAGGAGACUACUUUAGAGCGGAUGACUCUGUGGACCAAUCUCCCGGGAACCUCAGUUCUUCGUCUCUCAGAAGAAAGCUCUUUUUAGACGUGAAUGGGAGCAUCUCCGACUCCUUACCUUCAGCUUCUCCCAGAAGUCCUCCCAGCAGUGCCCGAGGAUCUCUUGAGGUGUUUUCUCCAAUGGAUUUGUCUCCUUUACACUCUAGCAACCGUGUGCAGACACCGUGUGCCGGACAGUUUUCUUCCAGCCCCAUUCAGAACAAUGCAAAAAAGUACAGUUUGGGAAGCUUAACCACCAGCCCAUCGGCCAUCUCUUCACCUACGUUCUCACCAAUUGCACUUCAAGUAGGAAGGACACCGCUCUCAGAGCACAGGAAGUUUACAUUUCAUUCUCCUGAAGCUUCCUCUGGAGGAAGUUCUACUGGGAUUGCUAAUCCAAGCAUCAGGAGUCCAUAUAUAGAUGGCUGCUCACCAAUUAAAACUUGGUCUCCUCGGGGACUCCGAGGUGGUCCUCAGUGUUUGUCGUCACUGAUUCGGGUACCUUUUGCUCUUGAGGCUCACAGCGAAGAUGAAGACGACGACGUUUCCUCCACAGACGCGGCUGCACUAGGCACACAUGCGGUGGCAGCCCCCCCCCAGCAGUUGAACUGUGAGCCUCUGGCGUGUGGCGACCCUUUCGUUGUCAGUGCCGUGCCUGUCACUCAGAGUCAGUCUAGUACCUGUGAGGAAGACCUAGGGCUGCUGGGGGACUUUGAAAGUGAAAGGGACCAUGACACCGUGGAUAUGGUCGAUCCGAUAGACACAGCGGAUGAAAGCACGUGGAUAAAAGAGCCCGUGGGUAAUGGGAAUUCCCCCAUGGCUGAGUUUGUGAGUGGAAUUGCCUUCAGCAUUGAGAACUCCCACAUGUGCAUGUCGCCUCUUGCAGAGAGCAGUGUUCUGCCCUGUGAAAGCAGUAAUGUCCAGAUGGACAGUGGCUAUAACACACAGACUUGUGGAAGUAAUAUCACUGAUAUUGUUGGGACAGAAAGCUACAGCAAAGAAAAUGUCACACAGUCCUUUGAAGCAGAAAUGAAACCUCACGUUAAUAACAUAAAGCAAGAUCACGCUGUGCAGAGGUGUUGGAUGAAAACUACAAGUCCAUCUCAGUGCAGCAGCCUGUAGUCUCAAGACCAAAGACUGCCACUCAGUAGCCCCUGAUGUAUUUAUAAGGGACUUCGAGUUAAUGUGAUGGUGAUGGGGGUACCUGCUUCACGUAAUAUGCCUAGUUCCCUCCUUAAUGUGAAAAGCUGCAAAGGAAAUUAUGACAGGACCAGAUGCUCCAAGUUGUUAAAUUACACAUUUAUUUUUUAAAAAUCAAUAAAUAUUUUUAUAUUUGCUUUGCGUGGUUUGUUUAACAAAAAAUUAUGACAGACCUCAUAGAUCUAUCCUGUCCUACAGGGUCAAUGAACUGCUUUGCUUAAGACUUUGAAUGGUAGUCUUAAAUUUAUCAAUUCUUGGGACAUGAGAAAAAUGUUGAAACAAUGCACUAUAUAUAUUUUUAUAUGAAACUGUGAAAGAAAUCUUGAGAUAUAAAACUUACUAAAGGUAAAAAGAAAGUAAAAUGGACUUCCUAAAAUUUAAUUUCUGUGAGGAAAUCACUUGGUUCUUGGUAUAAUCACUCUAGUUAAUACUCCCAACUAGAAAUGUAGAAAGGUGCUACUGGGCACCAUCCUGUAUGCUGUCAUCCGCAGGGUGAAUAAAGGAUGCCACAGUAGCACCAUUCCUAGGAUUUGGUAGGGAGAUGAACGGAGACAAUUGGGAAAGAGCUAUAUAAAAUACACUGUAAAACUCUGUAUGAGAAAAAGAUGGAUAUAAUGUGUUUGAGAACAAAGACUGUAUUUUUGUACUCCUCUUAAAAACAACAUACUCAAAAUGACUCAUUAGUCCUAGAAAAUAAAGAUUUACUCACCUUUCUGCCAUC